CUUUUCCACCAGAUACUACUUGUCCACCUUACAAGGCAUUGUACGAUCAUUCACGUUGGGAGGCAUUGAUUGACCAGUUUCGAUCCGACUUUUAUGCAUUAAAUUCACUUCCUUCCCAAUCUUUGUUGAAUGUUACCCUUCAAGCGGGACUCUCGGCACUCAAAACACCAAUGUGCUACCAACAAGAGAACAAGAACAUCAAUUGUCCAGUAUGUUCAUCAGACACUCUUGGAAUUUUGGCUCAGGAUUUACCCAUGAGUCAUCAUGUGAAUUCAACGAUUGUAUGCCGUAUAAGCGGUAAAAUUAUGAAUGAAAACAACCCUCCUAUGGCUUUGCCUAAUGGAUACGUUUAUUCAUAUGAUGUAAGGCUUCUUUAUUAUCUCCCAACAAUUUUCGUUUUUGACCUAGCGCCUAAUCUCUUUCCUAAUUCCAAAAGGCGUUACGCGAAAUGGAGUCCAAAAAUGGAAAGAUUAUAUGCCCUCGUACCGGUGAAAUAUUUCGAUUCUCGCAGUUGA